UAACAGUGUUGACAGCGAGACCUGCAGCAAGAGCAACAAGAGGGGACUGGACAGAGAUCAAGAUAUUUAUGCUUAUAAGGUCCGAAAAUUCAGCCAGAGUGAAACAAGAGCUCAAAAACACAGAGGAAGCAGGUGUUUGGUGUUGAUGACAGUGUGUCUCGGGCUCAUGUGUGUUCUUCUGCUGGUCUUCAUCACACUGCAGCACAUCACCAUCACAGCAGAGAGAGACCUGUUAAAGAGCACAGUUGAAGAGUUCAAUCAGACUAGCUUACAGGACAAGAACACUGAUCUAAUGACUGAAAAAGACCAACUGAAGAACAACUUCACCUCUUUGAGUCAGAAGAAACUGGAGCUGGAGACCAGAGUCAAUGAUCUCACUGCUGAGAAAAGUCAAUUAAAGGGAAGUUUUGACUCUUUGAAUCAGACGAAACUGGAGCUGGAGACCAGAGUCAAUGAUCUCACUGCUGAGAAAAGUCAAUUAAAGGGAAGUUUUGACUCUUUGAAUCAGAAGAAACUGGAACUGGAGACCAGAGUCAAUGAUCUCACUGCAGAGAAAAGUCAAUUAAAGGGAAGUUUUGACUCUUUGAAUCAGAAGAAACUGGAACUGGAGACCAGAGUCAAUGAUCUCACUGCUGAGAAAAGUCAAUUACAGGGAAGUUUUGACUCUUUGAAUCAGAAGAAACUGGAACUGGAGACCAGAGUCAAUGAUCUCACUGCUGAGAAAAGUCAAUUACAGGGAAGUUUUGACUCUUUGAAUCAGACGAAACUGGAACUGGAGACCAGAGUCAAUGAUCUCACUGCUGAGAAAAGUCAAUUAAAGGGAAGUUUUGACUCUUUGAAUCAGACGAAACUGGAGCUGGAGACCAGAGUCAAUGAUCUCACUGCUGAGAAAAGUCAGUUACGAGGAAGUUUUGACUCUUUGAAUCAGACGAAACUGGAGCUGGAGACCAGAGUCAAUGAUCUCACUGCUGAGAAAAGUCAGUUACGAGGAAGUUUUGACUCUUUGAAUCAGACGAAACUGGAUCUGGAGACCAGAGUCAAUGAUCUCACUGCUGAGAAAAGUCAGUUACGAGGAAGUUUUGACUCUUUGAAUCAGAUGAAACUGGAGUUAGAGACCAGAGUCAAUGAUCUCACUGCUGAGAAAAGUCAAUUACAGGGAAGUUUUGAUGCUUUGAAUCAGACAAAACUGGAGCUGGAGACCAGAGUCAAUGAUCUCACUGCUGAGAAAAGUCAAUUACAGGGAAGUUUUGACUCUUUGAAUCAGACGAAACUGGAGCUGGAGACCAGAGUCAAUGAUCUCACUGCUGAGAAAAGUCAGUUACGAGGAAGUUUUGACUCUUUGAAUCAGAAGAAACUGGAACUGGAGACCAGAGUCAAUGAUCUCACUGCUGAGAAAAGUCAAUUAAAGGGAAGUUUUGACUCUUUGAAUCAGACGAAACUGGAGCUGGAGACCAGAGUCAAUGAUCUCACUGCUGAGAAAAGUCAAUUACAGGGAAGUUUUGACUCUUUGAAUCAGACGAAACUGGAGCUGGAGACCAGAGUCAAUGAUCUCACUGCUGAGAAAAGUCAAUUACAGGGAAGUUUUGACUCUUUGAAUCAGACGAAACUGGAACUGGAGACCAGAGUCAAUGAUCUCACUGCUGAGAAACGUCAGUUACAGGGAAGUUUUGACUCUUUGAAUCAGAAGAAACUGGAUCUGGAGACCAGAGUCAAUGAUCUCACUGCUGAGAAAAGUCAGUUACAGGGAAGUUUUGACUCUUUGAAUCAGAAGAAACUGGAACUGGAGACCAGAGUCAAUGAUCUCACUGCUGAGAAACGUCAGUUACAGGGAAGUUUUGACUCUUUGAAUCAGAAGAAACUGGAUCUGGAGACCAGAGUCAAUGAUCUCACUGCUGAGAAACGUCAGUUACAGGGAAGUUUUGACUCUUUGAAUCAGAAGAAACUGGAGCUGGAGACCAGAGUCAAUGAUCUCACUGCUGAGAAAAGUCAGUUACAGAACAGUAUUAACUCUUUGAGUCAGAAGAAACUGGAACUGGAGACUGAACUAGAGAAGAUAACACAAGACCCCUGCUACACCUACACUGUGUUGGACAAUCCAUGGAGAUCCAUCAAUAAUACAUUUGACUCCUCCUACAAGUGUGACCAGUCUGUCUCCUGGAGCGGCUGGUAUCGUCUCUUCAUUAACAGUAUUAGCGCUCAUAUCCCAGACACGUGUGUUGCUAAGAACAGCUGUGGCACUCAUGCCCCACUGUGGAUACGUGGUGGACACCCAACAGUAAGAGAUGGAGUCGUCACUCGAGAUGUCUGCGGUCACUGGAACAAUGACUGCUGCAAUUUCGGGUCUUCUCCCAUCAAAGUCAAAGCCUGCCUAGGCAAUUAUUAUGUCUAUGAGCUGGUCAGACCAACUGCCUGCCAUCUUGCAUACUGUGCAGCAUCGUGAGUGGUUCAGGAUUGGCGUUCCCGUGCCUCUACGGACCCAGCCUGUCUCGCCCUCUGAGUGACCGUCCGUGCUGAUCCAGACGGCAGUUUUCUGUUCUGUUAUUAAGAGACUUUCUGUUCCAUUACCAUUGAGAUUCCUUUGUUGGAUUUACUCGCCUUACGGCUCCUGUGUUACUCUUCUGAACAUUAAAUCACUCAUUGACUGUCCUUUGCUUUUGGGUCCUCUUUCUCAUACG